UUCCUUUGAAUGGGUUUGGGUUUGGGUUUUGAUGCUCUGAUUUCCAUUCAUUUUACUACAAACCAAUUACUAUCUAAUAGGAACUGAAUCCGGCCUUGUUUCAAGAUGAGUAUCAACGACGACGACUUUGACUUUGAAAAAUGCAAAAAGCUAUCCAGGGCUGUCCCAGUAGUUAAGAGGAAGCUUAGUAGCCUUCGGAUUCCAACGAAUUCUGUAAGCCAUCAAGGAUUGUCAACAUCAUCACCAUAUUGUUCUUCAACAUCUAGGUGGAAAUUCGAUGUCUUUCUCAGUUUUAGAGGGGAGGACACGCGUAGGAGUUUUACAGACCAUCUAUAUGAUGCCUUGAAAAGGAAGGGUGUUUUGACCUUUAGGGACGAUGAAAAACUUGAGAGAGGAAAAUCAAUUUCACAAGAGCUCUUGAAUGCCAUAGAAGAAUCUAGAUUUACUAUUAUCAUUUUCUCAAGAAACUAUGCAUCUUCGACAUGGUGCUUAAAUGAGCUUGAAAAGAUCGUUAGAUCCAUGAAAGAGACAGGAUUGACAAUUCUGCCGGUUUUUUAUGAUGUGGAUGCAUCUAAUAUACGAAAUCAGACAGGACCUUUUCAAAAUGCUUUUGAUGAUCUUGAAGAUCAAUUUAAGGGAAAUAUGGAGAAAGUUGAAAUAUGGAGAGCUGCUUUGAGAGAAGUGGCUAAUCUUGCUGGUUGGCCUUUACAAAAUAGGCAUGAAGCAGAAUUUAUCCAACACAUUGUGGAAGUGAUAUUACAUAAAUUGAGUUCAGGUUUUUCAAGCAUUCCCACCAACUUGGUAGGAAUAGAUUCUUCAGUGGAGGAAUUGUUGACUUCAUAUUUAGGAUUUAUGAACGAUGUUUACAUGAUAGGGAUUUCUGGUAUGGGGGGACUGGGGAAGACAACUCUUGCUAGAGUUGUUUAUAAUAAAUUUCGUUGUCAUUUUGAAGCUUCUAGCUUUGUUGCUAAUAUUAGGGAAGAGUCAGAAAAGCGCGGUUUGCUUCCAUUACAAAAGCAGCUACUUGCACAAAUUUUGGAGGAAAGAAAUAUAGAUAUAUGGGAUGUAUACGGGGGAGUUGACAUGAUCAAGAAAAGGAUACAUCAUAAGAAAGUUCUACUUGUCCUUGAUGAUGUUAAUCAAUUGCACCAAUUAGAAAUGUUGGCUGGAGAGCAUGGCUGGUUUGGAUUGGGGAGUUGGAUCAUCAUAACAACUAGAGAUCAACAUUUGUUGGUCCAACAUGGGGUGCAUAAAAUAUAUAAGCCUAAUGGACUAAACCAUGAUGAUGCCUUAAAACUUUUUUGUUUGAAAGCCUUAAAAAAUGAGCAUCCCCAAGAAGGUUACAAGCAGCUCUCCCAAGCUGUUGUAUUCUAUACUAAAGGCCUUCCGUUAGCUCUUGAAACUUUGGGUUCUUUUUUGGUUGGAAGAACAAUAGAUGAAUGGCUAAGUGCAUCGGAAAAUUUUAGAAAAAUUCCUAAAAGAGAAAUAUUUGACAUACUUAAGGUAAGUUACGAUGGACUAGAAAGAAUGUGGCAAAAUAUAUUUUUGGAUAUUGCGUGUUACUUUAAAGGGGAGAGAAAAGAUCGCGUUAUAGAGAUAUUAGAGAAUUGUGGUUUUGAUGCCCGAAUUGGUAUAAGUGUACUUGUGGAUAAAUCUCUCCUAAGCAUAGGAAAUAAAAAAUUGUGGAUGCAUGAUCUUCUACAAGAAAUGGGUAGAGAAAUUAUUUGUCGAGAAUCACUUGACGAACCUGGACAGCGUAGCAGAUUGUGGCUUUGUAAGGAUUUGUUUCAUGUUUUGACAAAUGCCACGGCAACAAAAACAAUUCAAGCCAUAGUCCUAAACAGUUAUGAAUGUGAAAGAGUCUGGAAUUUUGAAGACUUUCCUGAAGUUUUUUCAAAGAUGUAUAAUCUUAGAUUGCUUAAAAUUCACAAUGUGCACAUCCCGAAUGGCCUCAAUCAUGUUUCUAAUGGCCCAAGAUUUCUCCAUUGGAUUGGGUAUUCUUCAGAAAGUUUGCCAUCCAGUUUCCAACCAAAAGAGCUUGUUGAACUUAAUUUACAGUCUAGCAAAAUUAAAUAUCUUUGGGAAGGAGUCAAGUAUUUGGACAAACUAAAAUGCAUCAAUCUUCAAGAUUCCUAUAACCUUAUUCAGACACCUGACUUCUCAGGGGUUCCGAGACUUGAGAAACUAAAUCUCACACGCUGUAGAAAUUUGGUUGAGAUCCACCCGUCUAUUGGACUACUUAGUAAGCUGAAUGUUUUAGAUCUAAAAAGUUGCAAAUCUCUUACCAAUCUUCCGAGCAUGACUACUAAAAUGAAGUCCCUUAUAAUUCUUAAUCUUUCUGGCUGUUCAAAUAUCAAGAAGAUUCCAGAAUUUAAGGGGAUUAUGAAAAGCCUAUCAAAACUUUAUUUGGAUUGUACUGCUAUCGAGAAAUUACCCUCGUCAAUUGAGUGCUUGACUGCCCUUACUUCACUAAAUCUAGAAUACUGCAGAAAUCUCGAAUGUCUUCCAAGAAACAUAAUUAGUUUGAGGUCACUUGAAAUACUCAUUCUUUCCGAAUGCUCACAACUUGCCAACCUGCCAGAUAACCUUUGGAAAAUUAAGUGUUUGAAGGAACUUGAUUUGAGUGGAACUGCCAUUAGAGAAAUUCCCUCUUCUGUUCUUGUCUUGAAAGAUUUUGGAUGUCUCAACUUUGGAAAGGUUGUGAGGCCUGAGUUUUCCCUAAAACAACUUAAACUGAGUAGGAUGUCUCAACUUGAAGGAACAGGGCUUAAUGGUAUUGGCUGCUUCUCCUCAUUAAAGUAUUUAACACUAAGUGGAAACAGUUUUGCCAACCUACCCGCAAGCAUUAGUCAACUUUCGAAACUGGAAGCUCUUGAUUUGAGCAACUGCAGUAUGCUUCAAUCAUUGUCAGACCUUCCAUCAACCGUGAGAUAUAUAAAUGCUCAACAUUGUUAUUCCCUAGAACCGUCACUAACUAAACCACUAGUACUGUUUGAACCCAGCAUUUUUCCAAACUCCAAGUGGCGUCCAGAUAAUGAGAGUGUAAGCAGUGUGGCAUAUACAAUAUUGAACCGUUACUUACAGGGAAUUCGUCCAAAAGCUGGAAAUGAAACUCCUACCAAAAGGAAAGCAGAUAGAUCUGGAACUGAAUUUCAGAUAAUUAUUCCCAGAAAUGAAAUUCUGCAUUUGUUAACGCAUCAAAACUUAGGCAAAUCAGUAUACAUAAAGCUGUCUCCAAAUUGGUGUAAUAGUAGGUGGAUGGGAUUUGUUCUCUGCCUCCAAAUUUCAUAUUCUCCUAAUUCUGUUGAUGAGUUUGAUGUUUCCGGUGAGACAUUUGGUUUUAGAGCUAAUGUGAUAAGCCUUGGUGAUGGGUCUCGCGGUCAUUAUGCCUCUGAAAUUUUCUUUAAGGUGUCAUUUAUUGUGGACCACAUUUGGCUGUUGUAUCUGUCUCGUGAUGAUUGGCUUGCUACUGUUCCGAAUGGUGAUCAAUGCAGUCAGAUUGAGGUUAAAUUUGAGACCUCUAGCCCACACACUGAGGUGCGGAUGUGUGGAGUCCGUUUGGUAUAUGAAGAAGAUGUGGAAUGGAUUAACUCACAAAUUGCAGAAGAAGCACAAUGUAGUCGUGCUUCUGAAGAAUCAAUAAGAUUCUUCAAUAAUGUCCCAAAAAAAUAA